GACUUUGUCUCCCAACUGUCCAACUUGAACUGACCCUCUAAUGUACUCAUUUCUAAUCCUAUCAAUCCUCAUCACGUCAGUCCUAAAAAUUCACAUUGAUCUAUAACCUGGAAUGUUUGUCAGUGAAAAAGAUGUCAAUUUUUAAAAAAAAAAGUCUUCAGUAAGAACUUUUCAUCAUUAUUAAAACGGGUGAAGAAUGAAAUUCAGAUGGUAAGUGGUCCAGUUUUACUGAACCCACUCUUGUUGAGCUGGGGCUAUACUGCAGCAAGUACAUGUCAGAAAGCACUUCUAGCUCACACUGCAGCCAUUUAGAAAUGCUAAUCAACCUUAAGAGUAAGCUGAAGAUCCCUAGUGCAUUCCAGUGUGGUCUGAAGGUAUCUCUACUUGGAGCUUUGCUGAUAUUCAGGAGUGCAGCAGCAGUUCUGUGUACAGGGUGGUCCAGAUCUAAUUAAGCAGAUCCAGAUCGUCUGGAUGACUUUGAUUUAUGCGGGGGCAAUUCCAGUUCGGCGUGGAGACGAUUCUUCACGUCGGCAGUUUGCACACUUCUCGAUGGUCCAGGAUUUUUCGUGUGAUUUUCUAUGUAAUAAACUUAAUAAGUUAUAGCAUAAUGAAAACUGCAUAAUUAGAUUUGGACCACCUUAUACAUACAGUAUACACGAACAAGUGCAAACUGGGUUAAGAAAUACCACAGGCAUACUGACAUGGGUCUUCUAUUAAAUAAAAUAAAAUUAGUUAUUUUAAUAUAUUCAUGUUUAUCCAGUAGUUGUGAAAUCUGAAAUGGCAGACAUCCUGUUUAUUGUCGAAGGCUGUAUUUACCAGACCAUAUUGCCUGACAGAUUAUUGUGUAUUUCCUUGUGUGGGCUUAGACCACCAGCCUCCCUAUAACUGAUUACGGCAGAGACAAGCUGACGAAAUUGUUAUGACUGUGACAAGGUAGAAGAACAAAGGUAGGAAAAUAUUUCCAGAAAGAAGGCAAGAGAAAACAUAAAACUGCCUUAGAGGAUCGGAUAUUCAGCAAUGUGGCAAGUUGCAUGCCAUGGCUGGAGGUUCAGAGUUUUUGUGUGGGACAAAUGAUAAGAGAGACAAGCAGGGCCUCCAUUACAAGGCUCUUGGGGUUAAAACCAACACCACCACCUCCCCCCAAAUGCAGUGCAUGGGUGCAGUUAUGCUGAAUUCCAUUUACAUUGUAUGUCAGGGCUGGGAAUGAUGCCACACACGAGCUAACCACGCGCUAGUAAAACAUUUUGAAAAUGAAUACGGACGCAUCCAGGAAAAACUUGUGUUUUCUCCAUUGGAAUAAAUCGUAGUUGAUAACACCACAUUGCGCAGUAUUUUGUGUAUCCAAACACUGUAGCAACAUGUCCACAGAUAGAAGUUGGACAGUAAUGUGUGUACAACUGAUUUAAUGAGAUGCAAAUAGACCGAAGUGCUAAUAAAAGUAAAUACUACAGCUCUCACUAAUGUUUGCGGUGUAUGUUGCCAUUUAGGAUUGACGUCAUGACCUGAUGUCGGACAAACUGAGACUGACGAACCAGCCCCUGAAUUUCCAAGUUGGUUAGUUGACUUAGAGAGGGCUUACCAGUUGAAAAUUCUAACUAGAAACUCACACAUUUCUGACCCCCACUUCAAGUGGAAGACAACAUAAGGUAGAAAUGACCCCCACUUUGGCCUAGACUCCAUUGGAUACGUUUUACUGGCAGCUUAAUACUAGUGUGCUAAGUUUCCACUCAGCAUCUUUUACCGUUUUUCUAUUCUUUGUCUUCUUUUUCAAAUUUAAGUCAAUUUCUUGGCCUGCAGUCUGUGAAAUGCUUGAAACUCUCAGGAAGCUAAUUACUUUUGGUGAUAAUUGCAGUUAAUGAGAGUCCAGCCCUCGGACAAGCGGUUUUGCAAAUUGCUCACAGCAGGACCUUUGUGUCCGUUUGUCUCUGGGGAUGGGAUGAGCGAAUCUUCUCUCUCCCUCUUUUUUUUUUUUUUUUGUUUUGCUCUUCUGAGCCCAGGGUUGUGGCAGACGUUGUAUGCAUUGUCUGCGUUAUUGUGUGAGGCUGUUUGUUUAUCAGCGGACCCCAUUUAGAUAAGUCUUGAAUAGUCCUGUGCUAGCCUGUUGUGUGCUCAGUUGACCACACACUGCUCCUCAUCCUUUCCAGGAGGUGACAAGGGCUAUUAAGCUAAUCCUUUAACUACUAAUCGUCUCCUCCCUCCCAUGGGCUUGAGCAAACACUGCCAUUGAGUAGGGGUCUACAUAAAGCUGGGUUCGCUUUACUGGCACCUAGUAGCUCGGAGCUCAGAGGAUCUGCCUCACUUGACACAGCUGAAGAACAAAAAAGAAGAAAACGUCACAAUGUGCAGCAUUUUGCAAAGCCUGCGACUGGGACUUGUUGCUUUCUUGUUUUACUUUUUUCUACCGUUUGCAAGGGGUCACAUUUGGGCCUGGCUGUUGUCUAUCCCAUACAACCCACCUGGAGAGGGACCACUAGCUCGUGAAGUGCACCCACCUUUGAACAUACGGGAUUCUCUGGUUUCAUGUGAUCAUGAUCGCAGCUGUGGGAAAGGUUUCUCCUGUGACCGGCAUUUUCUUGUCUGUGUGCCACUGAAGCAGGCUGGUCAGUACUGUCGCCGGGAUGCCCAGUGUCUCAAAGGAUUGACUUGCAUGUUUGGAAAAUGUCAUCAUAGCAUUCCUGAAGGCCAGGAAGGUGCACGAUGCAAGCUGGAUAAGGACUGUGGAGGCUCAAUGUGCUGUGCACGCCACCACGGAGAGAUGAUAUGUAAACGUCGCUUGAUGCUUGGUGAAAGCUGCUUCGUCCCGGACGGUGGGCUGGCUUUCAGCAUUAACCAGAUAUGUCCCUGUGAAGAGGGUCUGCUGUGCCGCAAAGCAACAGACGUACCCCAGAGAGAAAAAGAAUUUGUAUAUCGCCCAGAGGUGGAGAACUGGCAAUGCCAAGCCCCUGCUGUCUGACACAGUCAUCAAACUCUAUUUAUUUUGUAAAUAUUUUGUACAUACUGUAUUUGUAACUAAUGUAAAAUAAAGAGACCUAUAGUUAUUAAA